CACCAUCCAAACUAAUUCCACGCGCCAGCAAACGAGGAAGUACCAGGCAUGCAUACAGUCGCGAGUUGUGUAUUUUCUAGAGACAGACAGACAGUGUUGACAUAUUGUUAGCGUUGUACGUGACGGUCAAACCUGCAUUUCUCGCCGCCUUUUGUGUUUUCUUUCGGUGCAUAUGCAGACGUCGGAGUCACAUUAGUUGUCGCUAGCCGGCUAACAGCAUCAGCUAACGUUAGCUGGCUAAUAGUUAGCGAGCAGUAUUUCACUUGGCAACCUUUGCAAUAAAUUUAGUUUGCCUGAAGGCUAUAUGAUUGGCUUUAUUAGCUGUUGCUCUGAUUAUGCUUGAAACUAAAUUACUUUAGUAAGAUUGGCCAGCCAGCUUUAGCUAACUAUCAAGCCGCUGCAAUGGAACUCAUGCUUACGUGCGCGUCCUCCAAAACGCCUUCCAAUAUAAUGAGGGAAUUAGGUGACGAUGAAGCAUGACCAAAGACCCUAUGCACCAUGGCACAGACUGAAAUGAAUUGGGAGCAACAGAUACCUUUACCAAAGCUUUCCCCAUUCCAUGCCAAGAUCGCUGUGGCACUAGUGGCACUGCUCUGCUUCAUCAAUAGCUAUGAUGGAGACUUUGUGUUCGAUGAUUCUGAAGCCAUUGUCAACAACAAGGACCUGAUCCCAUCCACGCCUCUCAACAACAUCUGGAGAAAUGAUUUCUGGGGAAGUAACCUGAGCAGCAACAACAGCCACAAGUCCUACAGGCCGCUCACUGUCCUCACUUUUAGGCUUAACUACCUCAUGGCUGGUGGGCUGCACCCAGUUGGCUUCCAUGUGCUGAACAUCGGCCUGCACAGUCUCAUAUCAGCGCUGAUGAUCGACAUGUUCUCCGUACUGAUCGGUGGCUUGGCAUACGAUGGGAAUGGGAACCGGCUCAACCACGCACCCAAAGCUUCUCUCCUGGCUGGUCUUCUCUUUGCAGCGCACCCCGUUCACACCGAAAGCGUUGCAGGGAUUGUAGGCCGGGCAGACCUACUUUGUGCACUGUUCUUCCAGCUCUCCUUUCUGACCUACUGCAGAGCCUUCAGAGGAGGUAGGGAGAGCGAGGAGAAGUUUUCCAUCCAUUGGAUUGCCGUGAGCCUCUUGCUGUGCGCUGCGGCCAUGCUCUGCAAAGAACAAGGCAUCACAGUCCUGGGGGUGAACGCUGCCUUUGAUGUCCUUCUCAUCUGUAAUGUAAAUGUCUACGAGCUGAGCCAGAGGCUGUUCCUCAGGAGGAAAGCAGAAGACGUGAGUGAGCGGGUGCAGACGGGCCUCCUGAUCCGAUUGGCUCUGCUGGCCAUGGGCGGAGCCUCCCUGCUGUACGCCCGUUGGAGAAUCAUGGGAACUGGGCCCCCCGCCUUCACUGAAGUAGACAACCCAGCAUCCUUUGCAGACAAUGUCUUUCUCAGAAUAGUCAACUAUAAUUACUACUACUCACUGAAUGCCUGGGUGCUGCUGUGUCCCUGGUGGCUUUGUUUUGAUUGGUCCAUGGGCUGUGUGCCCCUCAUUAAGUCAGCGUUUGAUUGGAGGACGGCCUGGCUGCUGCUGCUCUGGUGCUUCCUGAUAGGCUUGAUAAGCCAAGCCUUAUGCUCACAGGACAGCCAGAGGAGGAGAACGUUGACCCUGGGUCUGGUGCUGCUGGUAGUCCCCUUCCUGCCCGCCUGCAACAUAUUCUUCAGGGUUGGCUUCGUCAUUGCAGAGAGGGUCCUCUACCUCUCCUCCGCUGGCUACUGUCUUCUACUGGCCUACGCCCUGGGACACUGCUGCGGCCGCUGGAGCAGAUGCAAGGGGCUGCUCCGUGCCUCCCUGCUGGCCCUGCUAUGUGUGUAUGUGGCUCGCUGUGCCCUGCGCAGUCACCAGUGGCGGUCCGAGCAGAGCCUCUUCACCAGCGCCCUGUCAGUCUGUCCCCUCAAUGCCAAGGUGCAUUAUAAUGUGGGUAAGAACCUAGCAGACAGAGGGAACAUCAGUGCUGCCAUCAAGUACUACAGAGAGGCAGUCAGGUUGCACCCUACGUAUGUCCACGCUAUGAACAACCUAGGCAACAUCUUGAAAGAGAGGAACGAAUUGGUGGAGGCAGAGGAGCUUCUUGCUAAAGCUGUACUCGUACAGCCGGACUUUGCAGCAGCGUGGAUGAAUCUGGGAAUAGUGCAAAACAGUCUGAAGAAGUUUAAGGAAGCAGAGCAGAGCUACUGGAACGCCAUCCAAUUCCGGAAGAAAUACCCUGACUGUUACUACAACCUGGGACGCUUGUAUGCAGACCUGAACAGACACCUAGAUGCUCUGAAUGCGUGGAGGAAUGCUACAGUGCUAAAGCCUGACCACAGCCUGGCAUGGAACAACAUGGUCAUACUACUGGACAACACUGGCAACCUAGCCCAGGCGGAGGCAAUUGGCCGAGAGGCCCUAAAGCUCCUCCCUAACGACCACACCAUCAUGUUCUCAUUGGCCAACGUCCUGGGCAAACUACAGAAGUAUAAGGAGUCCGAAGGCUUCUUCCUCCAAGCUCUGAGGAUCAACCCAAAUGCUGCCAGUUGCCAUGGCAAUCUGGCGGUUCUGUACCAUCGCUGGGGGAAGCUGGAGCUGGCGAAGAAGCACUACGAGCUGUCUCUGAAGAUAGAUCCAGAAGCCCCAGGCACCCGGGACAACUACAACAUGCUGCGACGCAAACUGGACCAGCUUUACAGGACCACACCACCCUGAGGGACUCAACCACUGGCUGCAUGCUGCAACACACACACAUACGCAAAUAACCAUUCAUUCAUUCCAGCUUUGUACCGUUUCCAUUAUAUUUAAGAAAUAAAGACUUUUGUGUAACAUGUUCUGUUGCUUGUACCCCAUUAUGGGAAGGGGACUAGAUCAGUCUCUUGUCUGUUCGUACGUUAGUCACACGCGAUGUCUGACAGCACUGGCCCGAUUUUAAAUAAACUUGGGUGAAUGAUGCGUCUUCCCUUACUGGGAAAAAAACUUUUUCACAUGCAAAUUCGUUCUGUGGCGAAUUGUGAACUUCUGGAAAACAAUUAAGGGGAAACUUGUGGCGAUCAUUCUACUGUUUGCAAAUUUGUUUCAAACUAUGAAUAUGCAAAUAAAAUCCGAUUUUUGGUUA